GUCAGUCAGCUGCUUAACGGAACCACACGCAGAGAAUACGAGGAAGAGUCAUAAAGAGAGAGAGAGAGCGAAACAGAACGACAGUCGUAGUGCUUCUCCUCUGAUUCGGAUCGCGCUGCCAUCGAGGAACAAUCUGUAACAAUGAUCCGCAUAGCGGCAGUCUCCGUGGCAAGACGCCUGGCCCUCGCAGAGGCCAGGCUGCUGCACACGACCGCGAAUCUUGCGUGCGCAAAAGUCGAGCGUCGCGCGCCUGUGGAGAGCAACUCUUUCGUCAUGAACAUCUUCAAGGGAGACGCUAAUCUGACACAAGUAUUCCCAUACCCUGAUAAUCUCAGCGAGGAGCAGGUGGAAACCUUGGGGAUGCUCACCGAUACUUGCCAGAGUUUUUUGAAGGAGAAGAAUGAUCCCAUGCGGAAUGAUCGCGAGGGAAAAAUUUCUGAUGAGGUCAUGGAUCAUCUGCGUGAGAUGGGAGCUUUCGGUCUCCAGGUUCCAGAGCAAUACGGAGGCAUCCACACCAACAACCAGCAAUAUGGAAGGUUAUGUGAGACCCUCGGCUACACGGACCUUUCGUUGUCCGUCACACUCGGAGCACAUCAAUCGAUCGGUUUCAAAGCCCUCCUACUAUAUGGAAACGAUGAGCAGAAGGCCAAGUAUCUGCCCGACUUGGCGAGCGGAAAAACUAUUGCCGCCUACUGCCUGACGGAGCCGGGAAGUGGCUCCGACGCCAUGAGCAUUUCUUCCAGGGCUGUCCUCAGUCCUGACAAGAAACAUUACAUUCUCAACGGGGAGAAGAUCUGGAUUUCGAACGGCCAAACGGCGGAAAUCUUCAGCGUAUUCGCCAAGACACCGAUUGAGAAAGAUGGUCAGACUCAAGAUCGCAUCACCUGUUUCUUGGUGGAGCGCUCCAUGGGAGUUCAGAAUGGUCCACCUGAGAAGAAGAUGGGGAUUAAGGGCUCGAACACGACGACCCUUCGCUUCGAGAACGUCAAAAUUCCGGUGGAAAAUGUCAUUGGGAAGCCGGGAGAAGGUUUCAAGAUUGCCGUCCAAGUGCUGAACAAUGGUCGGUUCGGGUUGGGAAGUGCCAUGUGCGGGACUAUGAGGUAUUGCAUCGAAAAGUCAACCGAACAUGCCACUCAACGGAAACAAUUCGGAAACACCUUAGCGUCUUACGAGAACAUCCAAGAGAAACUCGCGAGAAUGCAAAUGCUGCACUACAUAACUGAGUCUGUGGCAUACGCGCUUUCGGGUAACAUGGAUCGUGGCUACGUCGACUAUCAUCUGGAGGCUGCGGUUUCCAAAGUUCUCGGUUCCGAGGCUGCUUGGUGGGUCUGUGAUGAAGCGAUCCAGAUCCACGGUGGUAUGGGUUUCAUGCAGGAGGUUCACCUCGAGAGAGUUCUCAGGGAUCUCCGGAUUUUCCGCAUUUUCGAAGGAGCAAACGACAUCCUGCGUCUUUUCAUCGCGCUUCAAGGGCUCCAAUUCGCCGGCGGCCAUCUGAAAGAGCUCCAGCGAGCGAUGGCGAACCCGACCGCAAAUCUCGGUUUGAUCUUCGCGGAGGGCUCCAAACGCGUGAAGCGUGCUGUGGGCAUCUCCUCUCCGCCGACUUUGGAUGCUUACGUGCCGGCACGUUUGCAGAUGCCUGCCGCUCUUCUGGCACGAUCCAUUGAGCAGUUCGGAGCGAGCUGCGAGUCGCUGCUCAUCAAAUACGGGAAGAACAUAAUUGGCGAACAAUUCCUUCUGAUUCGGUUGGCGAACUCCGUCAUCGAUAUCCACUCAAUGAUGUGCGUCCUCGCUCGAUGCACCCGUACCCUACAGAAGAAUCUUCCCACCGCUGAACAGGAAGCUGUUCUGGUUGAUUUGAUAUGUUCUGAGGCCUCAGAGCGGGUCGCCCGGAACUUGGGACAACUCAGGUCCGCCGAAAAAUUGGCCAACUAUAAACGAAUGCAGAAGACCGCUCAGGCCAUGUGCCAGACGGGAGGCGUAUGCACGCAGAACCCUCUGGGAGUCUGAAACCCUACCGAGCUUUAUAUACAAAGAUGAUUAGCCCGAAUGCACACGUUGUCGACGGAUCCAACUUUUACCAGGACGUCAACCUACAUUCGUUUUAUACUUUUUCCUCAGUCCAAACUGUAUGUACAGUCGAUCGCUGCUCAACAUGACUUUUGGAAAUGUGAUGCUUCAGUCAGCGACUCU